AUAACGUUAUAUUAUUAGUAAUAUUCUAACAACCGUAUUAUGAAUACCCAGACAAAUCGAUUCGUCGUGCACAUGCGCAGUACAAAUCGUGUUUCCGGUACGGAUCGAGUAGUGAUAGUGAUAUUGAAGCGCUUCAAGUUGAGCAGUCAGCGUGUAAAACUAUAGGGUUGGGAUUUUCCGUCUGUAUAAAUGAACAUGAAAAGUGACAGGUUCGGAGUUAUCCGACAAAAUUAUAAAAUAAAUUACGAAUGACAGGUUUUGUUAGCUCAUGCGGAAAUUUUUUAGGUUAUUAUAGCUUUGACCCAAUUUGUGUAGUGUUUAUGACAUAUCGAAUGCCGUGCCUGAUUGACACACUUCUUAGCCAAUCGCCGUCUUAGGUUUCCAUGACGUGUCAUAGUGCAGACCAAUGAGAUCGGGACAACCGCUAGCAAGUUUGUUUUAGCGGCGGCUUCGGUGAACAUGAACACAGCUAGCGAGUUAGCCGGUUCGAUGUUUUACCUGAAGUGAACGCACAACUUCUACGCUUUUAUGAAUUCGCUUUCUGUCACGUAACUGGUCAGUUUUUGUAAAAAAAAAAAAAAAAUAAAUAAAAAAAUGCCUCCCCGGGCCGUUUCUCGGCCUGCUGAGGCGAAGUUGUUGUUUGUGAUUCUGGUGGUCAGUGUGCUGAGUGCACGAAGAGUCUCCGGCAUUCAGGAGGAGAACAAACUAGCUGAAGUGCAGCAGCCCGCUGAGAAAGCUCCGACCAGCCAGCCCGCAGCUCCGGCCGUCAGUCCAGAUGAGCCGAGUAAAGGCAACCUGGGAUUUAUCCAUGCGUUUGUGGCGGCAAUUUCGGUCAUCAUCGUCUCCGAGCUGGGAGAUAAGACCUUCUUCAUCGCUGCCAUUAUGGCCAUGCGCUAUAACCGUCUCACUGUCUUGGCAGGAGCCAUGCUGGCUUUGGGUCUCAUGACCUGCCUGUCAGUCCUCUUUGGUUACGCCACCACCAUUAUCCCACGGAUCUACACCUACUACAUCUCCACAGCGCUGUUUGCCAUCUUCGGCAUAAGGAUGCUGAGAGAGGGGCUGAGGAUGAGCGCUGAUGAAGGCCAGGAGGAGCUUGAAGAGGUGCAGGCUGAGAUUAAGAAGAAAGAUGAGGAGCUUCAGCGUUAUAAACUGGCCAACGGGGCUCCUGAUAUAGAGACAGGGACAGCGGCGGCCAUGUCGCCUCCAAGGAAGUGGCACAAUUUUAUCUCGCCCAUCUUCAUCCAGGCACUCACACUCACUUUCCUCGCUGAGUGGGGGGACCGCUCUCAGCUCGCUACCAUCGUCCUGGCUGCACGAGAGGAUCCGUUUGGCGUGGCGGUGGGUGGAACUCUGGGGCAUUGCCUCUGCACAGGCCUGGCUGUGGUUGGUGGAAGGAUGGUGGCUCAGAAGAUAUCUGUCAGGACUGUUACCAUCAUCGGUGGAAUCGUGUUUCUCGCCUUCGCUUUCUCAGCCCUCUUCAUCAAGCCGGAUACCGGAUUCUGAUGAGAGGACAUGUAUUCUGGGCUCAGUCUGUAAAUACCAGCUCUGAAGUGCUGUAUACACAAAGGCGGACUGUACACAGAGGCCACUGUUGAGUGGUGGUUUGUGUGUGUGUGUGUGUGUGUGUGUGUGUGUGAGAGAGGGAAAGCUAAGUGUUACUGUUCAGACCCAGUCACAAAAUGCUGCAUUGGUUUUUAUUUCGGUUAGUUUUUUUUUUCCAUAAGCAUGUGAAGGGUGUCCUUUAAAUAACUGUAAUUUCCUCUACUUCUGUCCUCUAUCCUGUUCAUUGUAUCUUCUUCCAUAUGGUUUUCUUCUCUUUUUCCCCCCUACCAUGACACUAAACCCUGCAGUCAGUGUGCAAGCUCUGACUCAAUCAGGGAACAGCCUCACGGCACAAAUCAGUAAUGAGCACAUGUAAGGAGCAAGUCCCCAGUUUUAGAUCACUAAUUGUGUGUGUCCUUUCACUCCCGGGGUGAUGCCUGUUUGAAGCAAAAUGCAGUGAGUAAACUCACAAACCAGAUCACUAAGAUUUCUCACAGGCAGUUCGGCAAUAAAUGCAGCCAAGAACCACCUACCUUUUGAUGACGAAGUGCAUCAAGCAAAAGUUUAAUAACUUUCAGACUAUUCCGUUAUUAGAUCUUGGUCUGGAAACCUCAGGGUUGUGGUGUUCGAGAGUUUUUCUAUUCCUACUAGAGCACAAAUGUGGUGUGGGGAAAGAUCAGAAAGUUGGUAUACAACUUCUAAGAUCCUGAUUGACGUGGCUGGAAAAGCGCAUGAAAGAUAUCCGUCAUGAACGUCUUACUUGUUGAUUGCGUCAGUGUUGCAGCUACAGUGCAAAUCUAAAGAGGUAAAAUUCAUUCAGGAAAUACAUCACAGCUCCAUUUGGGCGUGAAAUGAACAUUUACAUCUGAAGAAUUUCUUUUAACGAUUUAAGUAAGUCACCUGAUCCUGUACUCGAGCUGCAUCCAUUUAAAAAUAAUAAUCUCCCAUCAAUUAAGCUCUUAAGACUUUUUAUUAAUUCACUUUUAUUUGAUUUAAUUCAUUAUUAGAGCAUUGAUGGGGUUUUUUUCCUGGUGUCUCAGUACUGUAGGAGCGUCGGAGCGACACUUCUGAUUUCUGUACAGUUUAAGGUGACUUAUUUCUUUGUCAAUAUUUGACUGGAUUUAUUCAUCUGUGAAGGGCAAGUGAGUUCACUAUUCAACGUGCAGAAGAGCUGACUGUAUAAAUUCCUGUAAAUAAUAAAUUAAACUCUGUUGGUAUGGCUUUUUAUGUUUGCAGAUGUCUCGAUAGUGGACGUAAUGUAAGUGGAAUAAGUUGCUCAGGGGCUUUAAAUGAAGCUGUGUUUUGUAAUGACUUCAUUUU